AUGGCCUUCAAAUACGUCAUUGUUUGUGCUUCAGCACUUCUCCUCCAGUCUGUGUGCGGUCAAAUCCUGAGCGCCAGCUCUCUUGGCAGUGGAACCGUCAGCUACGGUUCUGGAAGUGCCUACGCCAGCAGUGGUGCAGUCAGCUCACUGGGAUCUGGAAUCGUCAGCGGCAACUCUCUUGGCUCUGGCUUGGUCAGCGGUGGCUCUCUUGGCUCUGGCAUCGUCUCCGGUGGCUCUUUGGUCAGUGGCGGCUCCCUCAGCUCUGGCCUUGUCAGCGGCGGUUCUUCUGGCUUAGUCAGCGGUGGCUCUCUUGGCUCUGGCAUCGUCUCCGGUGGCUCUUUAGUCAGCGGUGGCUCCCUCAGCUCUGGCUUGGUCAGCGGUGGCUCUCUUGGCUCUGGCUUGGUCAGCGGUGGUUCUCUUGGCUCUGGCAUCGUCUCCGGUGGCUCUUUGGUCAGCGGUGGCUCCCUCGGCUCUGGCGUUGUCACCGGUAGCUCUCUCGGUUCUGGCUACACCGUGGCUACUGCCCCCUUAACAGUGACCAGCAUCUCUCCCAUCGCUCCUAGCGGUCUGGCAGUUGCUUCUGAGAACGUCAUCGAAGGAAUUCUCACUGUCAACGGUCAACUGCCGUUCUUGAGCGCUGUGGCCUUCGAAGGCGCCCUGCCCACUUCUGGCUCAGGCGUGGCCACUUGCGGCUGCGGCAGUGGCGAUGUGGCCAUCACCAGUGAAGGCCUGCCCCAGAACUUGGGCAUCCGUUACUAGAAAGUAAUAAUGUUGAUUGUUA